AGAAAACAAAUAUCGAAAUAUGUGUGCAAAUUUGUUUUGGUUGGGUCUAAUUGCCUGCGUAGCUUUCGCCAGGAGUAUCGAACUCAAUGAGGCCAAGCGCUUUUUUAGCGUGGGUGGAAGGGUCGAUGGGGACCAGCUCCUGGUCAAGGAUGUGCUCCACUCUCGUCCAGCCGGCCUAGGCGAACUUCCCAAAGUGACUUUCACCUACGAAAUUCAGGAGCCCAUUAAUUGCAUCGAUAUCCUGUCGGAGGAAAACAUUUCGGCGGAGGUGAAAUUCAGCUUGGUAAAUCGCCUGGUCGUUGGCAUGGUCCAAUUGGCGGGCAGUAAUCAAAAUGUCGAUGAAGCCACCGAAUCACCAGCCUCUGAAUUUGAUGUGACCAUCAUGGUCUUUGGCCUCAAUGAAACCGCUGGUAACUUCGAUCCCUCGCAUGUCAUAAAUCGCGAUCAGCAAUAUGAGGGCUCGAUGGAACCCUACGAGGAUUUCCUGUCGGAACCAGAUACCCAAUAUGUGGAAGUCUAUGACAACAACAGACGUGAUGCCUUAGAGGUAAUCGAUGAAAUGGAGGAUAUUUCAGAAGAGGAUGUCGAAACCUUUACGGAGGGCCCAUCCGUGGCAGAUCAUUUUGAUACGCCCGACAAGUAUAUUGAAAUUGGAAACAGGCAGGCGGGCGAUGAACUUCUUCAUGAAUGCUAUCAGACUUCUGAAAAUGACUCGGAAAAGCCAGCCAACCACUCGGUGGUUUUCUACUACAUCGACAGCAAUUGUAUAACUUAUGUGAAGUUUGUUAUUUUGGAUUACUAUACAAACAAGAACAUCUCUGGUGUGGAGUACCAGUCGCCCGUGGCGGAGUACAGUCACUACUCGACUGGCACCCUAAAGGCGGUUGUUACGAAUUUCGAGACCAAGACCCUCUACGUCCAGAUGUAUAUCUACGGUUAUCGGGGUCGCGAGGCGCCCGCCAGUUAUGUGCCUUUUCUGCCGCCUCCUGCGUGGCAGAGGACAGUCCAGCAACAGCUCCGCCCCGGAGCUCCGCACCUGACCCCCCUACAGACUUUACAACUCCUCCUGAUGACCGGCCAGAGGUCCACUCCGCCACCGGGAAUCUUCAACGAGAGCUUUGAGCCCGAGCAGCAGCGUAGCAUCAAGCCAGAGGAGAUGAUGCUGGAGAGGAUCGGCGAUGAUAGUGGGAAUAGUACCUACGAUGAUAACAAUGAUGAUGAGAAGAAUUCGGCCCUAAGGCAGUUGAACCAGGGAAUGUCCGCCUGGUUGGGCCUGCUGUUCCUCCUGAUCCUGCAGAACAACUAGUGGCCAGGGGAAUCAUUAGUUAAUCCAUGGAAAGCUUUAUGAGUAGUCUUUAGUCCCAACAUUCUGUGUAUUGUAUUUUACGAAAUAAAAACUUUUUGGCCUAAGCCGAGGCACACACACA